AUGGAUUCAAGAUGCGCCCAGUCACUAGUGAGGGCUGAUCUGGUGAGGCCUCGAAGGGAUCAGAAAGCCAACUUGGUGAAGGUGACAUGCCUCCAUGGGGAGACUAAGCUAAUUAACCACCAGUGGAUACAACUCUGGGUGAUGGAGCACCAGGGGGAACUACUGGUAGGCGUGGUACCCCAGCUGGCCUGCGAUAUGCUGUUGGGACACGACUGGGCACUAAUCUAUGAUACCCUGGAUAGAGUCCGUGAUCCUGAAGCAGAGCGUAGAAAGAUCCAGAGCCACGAAGGAUGGUUAGGAGAGCUUGAGGAAAGUGGGGAGUGGGCCAACAAACUGGACGAGGUAGACCUCCGUGAUAUUGCCAGCGGCCUACAGUUUCAGGAAGCCCAAGAAGAAGAUCAGGAACUUUGGAUGCUCAGAAUGCAGGCUCGCAGCACCAGUGACAGCCUGACACCAACGCUGAUCGAGACCCCACGACUGUUGUGGUCGUUGCUUAUCCCCGGGUUGUUUCUCAGCGGAGCCCUGUGCCUCUGUUUAGUCGUGUUGCUGUGGGGAGUGCGGCUGUGGCUGCAGCACAGGAAAGAUCAGUCAGCCUCUACAGGGAAGGAUGGGAAGCGUCAGCUGGUGGUUGCCUUUUUUCAUCCGUAUUGCAAUGCAGGCGGUGGAGGGGAGAGAGUGCUGUGGUGUGCCCUAAGGACGCUGCAGAAAAAAUACAAAGAUGCAACUUAUGUUGUUUAUACUGGUGACAAAGAGGUCACUGAAGAAGAAAUUGUUAAUGGUGCUUUCAGAAGAUUCUGCAUCAGAUUAACUCAUCCUGUGAAGUUUGUAUUUCUAGAAAAACGCUAUCUUGUGGAAGCUUCUCUUUACCCACAUUUCACUUUGCUGGGUCAGAGUUUAGGAUCCAUGUUCCUUGGCUGGGAAGCUCUACUAAAAUGUGUUCCUGACAUUUACAUUGACUCAAUGGGCUAUGCCUUUACAUUUCCUCUAUUUAAGUACUUAGGAGGCUGUCAUGUGGGGUGUUAUGUGCAUUAUCCCACUAUCAGCACUGACAUGCUUUCUGUAGUUAGGAACCAGAAUACCAGCUACAACAAUACCGCCUUCAUUACAAAGAAUCCUUUUCUCAGCAAACUUAAACUUGCCUAUUACUACUUUUUUGCUUUCCUGUAUGGAUGGUUUGGUUCUUGCAGUGAUGUUGUUAUGGUUAAUUCUUCAUGGACCCUAAAUCACAUCCUUUCCUUUUGGAAAUCUGGGGCUUACACUAGUAUUGUGUAUCCACCUUGUGAUGUCCAGACAUUCCUGGAUAUUCCAUUAGACAAGGAAAAGAGCACAGCAGGACAUUCCAUUGUGUCUGUGGGCCAGUUUAGACCUGAAAAAGACCAUCCCUUGCAAAUCAGAGCCUUUGCAAAGUUGUUGGAAAAGAAAACUCUGGGGCAACAGCCUUUGCUGAAACUCAUGCUGAUUGGGGGCUGUCGUAACCAGGAAGACGAGCAGCGUGUGAAUGGACUUCAAAAGCUUUGUGAAGAGCUAGGUGUCAAUAGAAAUGUGGAGUUCAAAGUCAAUAUUCCAUUUGAGGAGUUAAAGCAGUACCUGGCAGAUGCAACGAUUGGUCUGCACACCAUGUGGAAUGAGCACUUCGGGAUUGGAAUAGUUGAAUGUAUGGCAGCUGGAACAGUUAUCCUGGCUCACGAUUCUGGUGGUCCCAAACUAGAUAUCGUGGUACCCUAUGAAGGAAAUAUUACAGGAUUUCUGGCAGACAACGAGGACACUUAUGCAGAGACCAUGGCUCUCAUCUUGUCUUUGUCUCCUGAAAAGAGUCUGGAAAUAAGAAAAAAUGCUCGUCAUUCUGUAAGCAGAUUUUCUGAUCAAGAAUUUGAAAUUACAUUCCUAUCAUCUGUGGAGCAAUUAUUUAAAUAAAUUGUAUGUGUAUGUAUAUAAAAAA